UUCUGGGAUUUUUCGCGGACUAUGGACAUAAUUUGUUACCUUCUAGUUAUAGUUGUGUUGAGCACCCAAGCGCACGGAAGCGUCCCUGAAUGUUUACGCGGGUGCAGCUGCGUCGAGGACCGUCAUGGAAGGUCGCUCAUAUGUAUGGAGGAGAACGCGUUUGGGGCCAUACCAGGGAACCUCCCAGAUGACAUGACCAAAUUACGCAUAGAAAAAUCUCACUUUACUGAAAUACCAAGAGGGGCUUUCACCAGGGCGUCCUUCUUGGAGAACCUGUGGUUGAACUUCAAUGACAUCACACUCAUAAACUCAAAGGGCCUGGAGGGUUUGGGGAAUCUGACCGAGCUGCGCCUGCAGGGGAACAAGCUGCGUUCAGUACCAUGGACAGCGUUCGAGGACACGCCGGCUCUCAAGAUCCUGGACCUGAAGCACAACCAGCUGGACGUGCUGCCGGAGCAUGCGUUAAAAUUUCUGCCAGGACUGACGUACUUAGACGUAUCGUUCAAUCGGCUCACGGUCAUAUCAAAGGAGGUCUUUCAAAAUUGGCCCCUCUACCAAAAGCUGCAGGGCAUGGACGACCGGGAGGCGACUGCCCUCGGGGUGAACGUUGUCCUGGCGCUGCACGACAACGCCUGGCAGUGCGACUGCCGGCUGAAGGGCUUCGUGGAGUUUAUCAGGUCCCCCACGCCCCCGAUUAUACUGAUGAACUCCUACUUGACCUGCUCCGGGCCGGACUUUAGGGCGGGCAAGUUCUUCCACGAGGUCGAGCUACAGGCGUGCGUGAAGCCAGCGGUGAGCAGCCCAGCCUCCAACAUCAGCAUGCCGCAGGGCACCAACCUGACGCUGCGCUGCCUCGCCAAGGCCCGGCCAGACCCCGCGGUGUGGUGGACAUAUGGUCUGAAGAUAAUCAGAGGAUUUCAUGAGUCUCAGGAAAGAGUGGAUGAGGACACCAUCAGAUCCCUCCUGGUGAUCCCCUCCCUCCAUGCGGCCGACCGGGGCGUCUACACCUGCACAGCUGUCAACUUUAUAGGGAACUCGUCUGUCAGUGUCUUCCUGGAUGUUCACUCUCUUGACGGCUCCCACCUGACAAACCUCCCCGGCUUCCCUGCUGCACCCGGUGUUGGGGAUGAAAACUUCUACAUUGACAUCCGCAUCGCCAAACAGACAAUACGUGGCAUAGCCAUUGAGUGGUACGCUGCCUUGGAUCGUCCUGCAGAAACCUGGUUCACCAUCCACUUUGGCCGUGCAGAUGAUAAUAAGAAAGAAAUGGUCUAUAUCGGUCCCGGGAUUCAUUCAUACUCGGUCUCUGAUUUGAUGCCUGCCACCAAAUAUGAAAUCUGUGUGACCCUCAAGAAUAAGGCGCCGCGUCAAGGCCAGUGCAUUGUGUUUGUAACAGGAAGUGACGUCACUGAGAUGGAACAGAGGGAGAAACUGAUUCAUAUAAUAGUGAUAGUUUUAGCCAUGGUGCUGGCCGUGCCUAUAGGCAUGUACGCGUGCACCACUGACACUAGGUUCUCCUGUGUGGAGGAUGUCAUGAAGUUGUGGAAGAGACAGCGGAGAGAGGGCGGCUCGCAUGAGAUGGAGCGGGAGAGGCAGGGCACCUUCGACAGCUUGCAGGCCGCCAGCGACGAGGGCCUGGUUAAUAAGGAAUCCAGUGAAGACAGGAAGGUGAGGAGGAGGUCCGAGGACAGAACGAUUAAGGGCAAAGCUGAACCCAGCAGAGUCACAGCUGUACUAUACUAAUUUACUGUUCUGUUUAAUCAGCGAGAAAACAUGAAACUGACCUUAUAACAGGCCGAUGACUCAGUCUGUAUCAAUAACCUUACAACAAGAGGUCAGAUUAAUUAAAUCCACUGCAUCGUGCUGACUUUGAUACUGAUAUACAGUGACUCGAAUAUUCAAAAGAAUGACCUUCAUGUCUGCCUUGGUUUUAAUCUCAUCUCUUCCUCUGUUCUAGGCCGGGGAGUGUGUUGCAAAGAUGUGAAUGGUGACCAUAAUGUCGAGAAUGUUAUUCAAGUAUUUGCAACAGUGUAGAGAAAAGUGCCCCAGUUCGUCUCUGUCUGAAAUACGACAUGUUGGACGUUGUUAUCAUGAGAUAUAUAAAUGUAAGUGAUCACACAUUUUUAAUUGCUGCUCUAUAUGAAGCCUUUGUGAUUGUUGACUUUCUUGCUAACCUGUUUCAUUUAGGCUCAUCUCACAUAGACUGUCAGUUAGUCUGUUAUUAUUUUCUUACUGUAAAAUGAAACUUGAUCUGAAAAGAAAGACGUUCUAUUUCGAUAAUGAAUAUAUCAAAUAUUUAAGCAUUUUGUAAUUGGAAACGUUUCAUUAAUUGAUAAUUUCAUUUUAGAUUUGGAUUUGUUUGUAUUUAUGUUUAUAUGUCUUUGUGUAUGAGGUCAUACCAUGUGUCGUGGUGACAUAGUACCUUUGCAUAGCACUUUUGACCACAGCAUUAAUAUGACACCUCAAACUAAGUGACAAAACCUUAAAUACUGUAUUUGUCCAUUUUAUAUUGUCAAGUUGCCAGGCAGACACAC